AUGGCAAGCACACGGGAACUGUUGGGGAAGGCGGAGAGGGAGUUAGAGGACGCGAAGGCAGCGUUAAAGGAGUUUAAGGAAGGAGCGGAUGGGCAGUGGCUGGAACGAGCCGAGUGGAAGGAGGAGAGGGACAAGCUGGAGGAAGAAAAGAAGCAGCUGGAGGCGGAGGUUACUAAGUGGAGUGACCGUGUGGGGGAUAUACUUGUAGCAAACGCUACUCAACCAGAUUUUACCAUCAGCGACGAGUUUGAAGACUUGGCUACUGCACCAUUUGCCACAAAAAUACCUAUUGAGAGUAUUUGCUACAAGAAUUGGAAAGGUAUUAUUGGUGACAGAGUAGAUAACUAUUUCAUAGAUGGGAAUGCUAAUGGAACUAGUGGCUCGAGUCUAUCAUAUAAGUGUCAGUCUGCUUUAGAACAAGAUCAUUCUGGUUCAGAGAAUGCAUUAUUGAGUAGAUACGAUCAUUUAGUGCGCGAUAUUUGGUGCGAAUUAAGCAAGAAUACUCGACCCGAUGUAGUGGCAUGGUUAAACAGCGUCUUGAUCUUUAAGGCAGAAGAGAAACAAUUUGCUUCUGAUAAGGCGGAGGCUGAGCAAGAAUUACUAGAUAAGAUGGAAUUCUGGAACAGGGCAACAUAUAUUCUUGCUUAUGCCGCGGCAGAAAAUCUUUCGCAAUCACGAGAGAGAUGA